CUCAUUGAAACGUUUGGCUUGUCCGUAUCAAUUUGAUGCAUGGAAUGAUGUAAAAAUAUGAAAAGUCCACGUUUUUCAUAGUUCUGUGUCUGUAAGAAGAAAAAUGGUGAAGGAACAGUUCAGAGAAGCUGACGUUGCUAAGAAAAUAAGCCAUGUGACAUUUGGUUUGAUGACAGCUGACCAGAUGGGUCAGUACUCACAUCUACAGGUGGUCAGUAAGAAUCUGUACUCACAAGAUGGAUUGAGGAAACCAGUGUCAUACGGGGUACUUGAUCACAGAAUGGGAACGAGUGAGAAGAGCAAUGACUGUGAGACAUGUGGUCGCUCCCUCGCUGACUGUAUCGGCCACUAUGGUUUUGUGGAUCUGGAGUUGCCUUGCUUUCAUAUAGGAUAUUUCCGUACCACCAUCACUGUUCUGCAGAUGGUCUGCAAGGCAUGCAGCAGGGUUCUACUUCCAACUGAUGUACGAAAGACUUUCCUGGAAAGUUUCAAGAGACCAAUGACCUACCUACAGAGAAAGUCAGCCAAAAAGAAAGUAUGGGAGAGGUGUAAGAAGGUGUCUGUCUGUCCGUACUGUGCUGCUACUAAUGGAAUGGUGAAAAAGUGUGGUCUACUAAAAAUUAUACAUGAUCAGUUUAAAAAGACAGGAAAGGGAGAGAACCCAGUCCUCACUGAUUAUCUUGGGUCGUUCGAAGCUGCAAUUGAGAGUAACAAAGAUUUGGAAGCAAUGCUAGGCAAGAACCAGGCUGUGUUAAACCCACUGCUGGUGAAAAGAGUGUUUGAAAGAAUUUGCAAUGAAGACAUACCUUUGUUACUGAUGAACUCGAGUGUUGCUCAUCCGAAAGAUCUUAUCUUGACUAGAAUCUUGGCUCCUCCACUUUGUAUUCGUCCAUCUGUUGUGUCUGACCUCAAGUCCGGCACAAAUGAGGAUGAUGUAACAAUGAAACUGACAGAGAUUAUAUUCCUCAAUGAUGUCAUACAGAAACACCGGGCCACUGGUGCAAAGGUGCAGAUGAUCAUGGAAGACUGGGACUUUCUACAGUUACAGGUGGCGUUACUUUACAACAGUGAAACUUCAGGAAUACCCUUACACAUGCAGCCAAAGAAGUACACAAGAGGCUUUGUUCAGAGAUUAAAAGGGAAGCAAGGACGUUUCCGUGGUAACUUGUCUGGUAAAAGAGUAGACUUUUCAGGCAGGACAGUUAUCUCCCCUGAUCCUAACAUGGGAAUUGAUCAAGUUGCUGUUCCAAUACAUGUUGCCAAGGUGAUGACCUAUCCAGAGAAGGUCAAUCACGCUAACAUUGAGCUCAUGAGAAAACUGAUUGUGAAUGGAUGUGAUGUCCAUCCGGGUGCUAAUUUCAUACAGCAAAGACAUACAAAUAUCAAAAGAUUUUUACGCUAUGGUAAUCGGGAGAAGAUAGCGAGAGAAUUGAAGCCAGGUGACACAGUAGAAAGACACAUGAUGGAUGGGGAUAUUGUCCUCUUUAACAGACAACCUUCACUACACAAACUCAGUAUUCAGGCAUUCUUUGCCAAGGUGAAGCCACACAGGACAUUUCGUUUCAAUGAGUGUUGCUGUAACCCAUUCAAUGCUGAUUUUGAUGGAGAUGAAAUGAACCUACAUCUACCACAGACAGAGGAAGCCAAGGCUGAGGCGAUCAUUCUAAUGGGGUCUAAAGCUAAUAUUGUCACACCAAGGAAUGGAGAACCUUUAAUUGCUGCUAUUCAAGAUUUCAUAACUGGCGGCUACCUGAUUACACAGAAGAAUGUGUUCUUUGAUAGAGCUCGAACUUGUCAGCUGAUUGCAUCAAUGUUAGCAUCAAAUGAUGAAACAAUGAAAAUAGAUCUUCCACCACCUUGUAUUUGGAAGCCGGCCAAGUUAUGGUCCGGGAAGCAGAUAUUCAGUGUUCUGCUACGCCCCAACAAACAGAACCCAGUGAAGGCAAACCUGAGAACCAAGGGCAAAAAUUACAGCUCUGGGGAAGACAUGUGUGUCAAUGAUUCUUUUGUUGUGAUCAGGAACAGUGAGCUGUUGUGUGGUUCUAUGGACAAGGGAACUCUAGGUGGAGGUUCCAAAAACAACAUCUUUUAUGUGAUAUUACGUGACUAUGGUGAGAUCUACACAGCCAAAUGUCUGGCAAGACUGGCUAGGCUCUGUCCAGCAUAUCUCAGUAAUCGAGGAUUUUCUAUUGGUAUUGGUGAUGUGACACCUGGUUAUGGUCUGCUGAAAGCCAAGUACCAGCUGCUGGAUGAUGGUUACUCUAAAUGUGAUCGUUACAUAAAGGAUCUGGAGGAAGGCAAACUACCUACACAACCAGGCUGUACUGAGGAGGAGACCCUUGAAGCUGUGAUAUUGCGAGAGUUGUCUGUGAUUCGGGACCAUGCAGGAAAGGCGUGUCUGCGUGAGUUACACUCGAGCAACAGUCCACUCACUAUGGCAGUAUGUGGAUCAAAAGGAUCAUUUAUCAAUAUAUCCCAGAUGAUAGCAUGUGUAGGACAGCAGGCAAUCAGUGGUAAACGUGUUCCCAAUGGAUUUGAGGAUCGGGCACUACCUCACUUUGAGAGACACUCAAAGGAUCCGUCAGCCCGUGGGUUUGUAGAGAACAGUUUUUACAGCGGUUUGACUCCUACUGAGUUCUUUUUCCACACUAUGGGAGGUCGAGAAGGUCUCGUUGACACUGCUGUUAAAACUGCAGAAACUGGAUAUAUGCAAAGGCGUCUAGUCAAGAGUUUAGAAGAUCUGUGUUCACAUUAUGACAUGACAGUACGUAAUUCAACCAGUGAUAUUGUACAGUUUGUGUAUGGAGCAGAUGGACUGGAUCCAGCAGCUAUGGAGGGCAAAGAUAGGCCAGUUGAUUUCAGACGGGUAUACGAUCAUGUCAGGGCCUGUACUAAAGCAGAAAGCAGGCAUGAACAGUCACUGGGUGGGCAAGAGUUCCUCUCGGCUAUAGAGGAAAACCUGGCUCUACCUAAAUACGAUAUUUGUAGCGAGGACUUUAAAAAAGAACUAAGAGAUUUCUGUGAGGAUGUGGCAGGGAAGAUAGGCAAGUUGAGACACAAGUUCCAUGUUGAUUCCAGUGGAAAGUCUGCUCCAGUAUUGUAUGAGUUGGAGAGGAUAACAGAGUUGCAGGUAGUGAGGUUUUUAGACUGCUGUAAAGAAAAAUAUGUGAGAGCAUGUAUAGAGCCAGGAACGGCUGUAGGAGCUGUAUGUGCUCAGAGUAUAGGAGAACCUGGAACACAGAUGACACUGAAAACCUUCCAUUUUGCUGGUGUGGCCUCCAUGAAUAUCACUCAGGGUGUACCGAGGAUAAAGGAGAUAAUGAAUGCCUCUAAGAAUAUCAGUACACCUAUCAUCACUGCACAGCUUGAGGUGGACAAUGAUCCAGAAUAUGCUCGGAUUGUCAAAGGUCGAAUUGAAAAAACUGAACUUGGAGAGGUAUCCGAGUACCUAGAGGAGGUGUUUCUACCUGAUGAUUGUUUUAUUCUAAUCAAGCUUGACCUAGAACGUAUCAGGUUACUCAAGCUUGAAGUCAAUGUGGGUACAAUCAAAGAAUCCAUUUGUGCUUCUAAACUAAAAAUAAAACCUGGGAAUGUACAAGUACACAGUGCAGCUGUACUCACAAUACAUCCGAAAGAGUCAGCAAAGAGUUCUAUGUAUUAUACACUGCAGUUUUGGAAGAAAGAACUUUCCACAGUCAGGAUAAAGGGCAUACCCUCAGUUACCCGUGCUGUGAUCCACAUUGAUGAGAGUAAAGGCGAUAACACAUACAAGUUGCUUGUAGAAGGUGAUAACUUAAGAAAUGUAAUGGCCACCCAAGGUGUAAAAGGUUCUCAUGUGACAUCCAACAAUACAAUCGAAUCAGAGAAAACACUGGGCAUAGAGGCUGCAAGAACUACAAUCAUGAAUGAGAUCAACUAUACAAUGAGUAGUCACGGAAUGAGUAUAGAUAUACGUCAUGUCAUGUUACUGGCAGAUCUCAUGACAUACAAGGGUGAAGUGUUGGGUGUGACAAGAUUUGGUCUGGCUAAGAUGAAGGAGAGUGUACUGAUGCUGGCUUCUUUUGAAAAGACAGCUGACCAUCUGUUUGAGGCAGCAUACCACGGACAGAAAGAUGUUAUAUCAGGUGUUAGUGAGUGUAUAAUAAUGGGAAUACCAAUGACAGUGGGUACCGGGCUUUUCCAGCUGCUGCAUAAAGCGGAAAAGAAACCACCCACUAAGAGGUCACUGCUAUUUGAUAUCCCAGAGUUCCAUGUUCCAGGAACAUGACCUUGACAUUGGAAGAAAUUUACAGCAUUGGAAACAGAAGUCUGAGAAAAAAAUGUUCUGGAAGAGAAGCUAGGCUGCAGUUUUUGUAAACAGUAUAUUACCUGGAAUGAACUAGUUGUGGGACAUAGAAAGAUGAAGGAAUGAAAUUUUGAGAUUUCCGCCAAAGUGUUGUACUUUUUUUGUGGGAACAUUGUUGAUUUCAAUUUUUAGGUGCAAAAUAAAAGGAAGAUGUAUUUGUUGCAGUAGAAAAAACAUAGAUUUACAGUCUGGAAAUCAACAAAAAGUAGUCCCCACAAAUAAAAGAGAUUUCAAGGACAUGCUUCAGUGUUCAUUGUCAGAAUUGUUUAUAAUGUUUUGUUAAGGAGUAAAUAUUGAAUAAUUGA